AUGAUUGUAGUUGAUGUUGUUAACUUAUGGAACUAUCAGAAAAGAGGAUAUGAACACGAAACAGAUCAGUGUAUGUGUCAUGAGAGAAGUUUAAGUCAUCAAGCAUAUGCCAGACAAAACAGAACUUCACAAAAUAAAAGAAAACGCUUUCAAAACAAAAAAAAAGAACAGAACAGAACAGUUUAUAGUUUGGAACGAAAUUUAGAUCAUGCAUUUAGGAGGAUCUCAAAAACGAAUGCAACCACAAAAGAGAGAUAUUUUUUUGUUGGUUCUUUAGGCAUUCUUUUAAAAACCAUUAAAAAUUAA